ACCUGCUCUUCCUCUCUCUCUCCCCAAACCCUAGCCGCCGCCGCCGAUCCACUCAGACAGCUUCACCCAUGGCGGGCAAGGGCGAGGGUCCGGCCAUCGGCAUCGACCUCGGCACCACCUACUCCUGCGUCGGCGUCUGGCAGCACGACCGCGUCGAGAUCAUCGCCAACGACCAGGGCAACCGCACCACCCCCUCCUACGUCGGCUUCACCGAUUCCGAGAGGCUCAUCGGAGAUGCCGCCAAGAACCAGGUCGCCAUGAACCCCAUCAACACCGUCUUCGAUGCUAAGCGUCUCAUUGGCAGGAGAUUUAGCGAUGCUUCUGUCCAGAGUGACAUUAAGCUCUGGCCCUUCAAGGUGAUUGCUGGACCUGGAGACAAGCCUAUGAUUGUUGUCCAGUACAAGGGUGAGGAGAAGCAGUUUGCCGCUGAAGAGAUCUCCUCCAUGGUCCUCAUCAAGAUGCGUGAGAUUGCUGAGGCCUACCUUGGCACCACAAUCAAGAAUGCUGUUGUCACUGUUCCUGCUUACUUCAAUGACUCUCAGAGGCAGGCCACCAAGGAUGCUGGAGUGAUUGCUGGUCUCAAUGUCAUGCGUAUCAUCAACGAGCCCACCGCUGCAGCUAUUGCAUAUGGUCUUGACAAGAAGGCUAGCAGUGUUGGUGAGAAGAAUGUCCUCAUCUUUGACCUUGGAGGCGGUACCUUUGAUGUCUCCCUCCUUACAAUUGAGGAAGGUAUCUUUGAGGUCAAGGCCACAGCUGGUGACACUCACCUUGGUGGUGAAGAUUUUGACAACCGUAUGGUCAACCACUUUGUGCAAGAAUUCAAGAGGAAGAACAAGAAGGAUAUCACUGGCAACCCCAGGGCUCUCAGGAGAUUGAGGACAGCCUGUGAGAGGGCGAAGAGGACCCUCUCCUCCACUGCCCAGACCACCAUUGAGAUCGAUUCCCUGUAUGAGGGAAUUGACUUCUACUCUACUAUCACCCGUGCCAGAUUUGAGGAGCUCAACAUGGAUCUCUUCAGGAAGUGUAUGGAGCCUGUGGAGAAGUGUCUCAGGGAUGCUAAGAUGGACAAGAGCACUGUUCAUGAUGUUGUUCUUGUUGGUGGCUCCACUAGGAUCCCAAGGGUGCAGCAGCUCCUUCAGGACUUCUUCAACGGCAAGGAGCUUUGCAAGAACAUCAACCCAGAUGAGGCUGUUGCAUAUGGUGCUGCUGUCCAGGCUGCCAUCCUGAGUGGUGAGGGCAACGAGAAGGUCCAGGACCUCCUCCUCUUGGAUGUUACCCCGCUUUCUCUGGGUUUGGAGACUGCUGGUGGUGUCAUGACCGUCUUGAUCCCGAGGAACACCACCAUCCCCACCAAGAAGGAGCAGGUCUUUUCCACCUACUCCGACAACCAGCCUGGUGUCCUCAUCCAGGUUUAUGAGGGUGAGAGGACUAGGACACGUGACAACAACCUGCUGGGCAAGUUUGAGCUCUCUGGCAUCCCUCCUGCUCCGAGGGGUGUUCCUCAGAUCACUGUUUGCUUUGACAUUGAUGCCAAUGGUAUCCUGAACGUGUCUGCUGAGGACAAGACCACCGGGCAGAAGAACAAGAUCACCAUCACCAACGACAAGGGCAGGCUGAGCAAGGAGGAGAUUGAGAAGAUGGUCCAAGAAGCCGAGAAGUACAAGUCAGAGGACGAGGAGCACAAGAAGAAGGUGGAGUCCAAGAACGCCCUGGAGAACUACGCCUACAACAUGCGGAACACCAUCAAGGAUGAGAAGAUCGCCUCGAAGCUCCCAGCAGCGGACAAGAAGAAGAUCGAGGAUGCCAUUGACCAGGCAAUCCAGUGGCUGGACGGCAACCAGCUUGCUGAGGCUGAUGAGUUCGAUGACAAGAUGAAGGAGCUGGAGGGCAUCUGCAACCCCAUCAUCGCCAAGAUGUACCAGGGCGCUGGCGCCGACAUGGCUGGCGGCAUGGACGAGGACGACGCACCACCUGCUGGCGGCAGCGGUGCUGGCCCCAAGAUUGAGGAGGUCGACUAAGCCCAACUUUGGAUAGGUGAUGCGCGCUUCAAGUUAUCUUAUUAUUGCAUUAUUAGUAUCUCGUAUGUUCUGUUUGCGGCUGAAAACUUAAAAUCCACGGGUUGUGUGGUGCUAUGAUACCUUGCCUGGACAGUCUUUGAAUUUUGUUGAAGAGCUGCAUUGGGAGCUCUCUAAACUAUGACGGCGUGAGAUAGUAUCAUGCUUGUGCCCUGUCGUCUGUUAUUUACUUA